CUUCCGCGUCCUGAGAGAGGAAGGACGGAGGUCCGUGGCUCUGGGGUCUGGGAAGCAGGAAAGCGAGGGGCGGCACCGUGUUCCUUUAAAAGGGAGAACACUUUUCCCCACUGUCUAUCCAAUCUAGAUUCCUCUUCCCCUCUUAUCAGGGUUGCGGAAAGCAUAUCCCAGGACCGCGCUACGGCCCCGCCUCUUCUUGAGGACGGGCACGUGAUGCCGGAAGUGGGUGGGGGUAAUAUGGUGGCGUUUCCGGCAGGCCCCGGCUACUGAAAGCCGGGGCGAGGAGUUGGUCCGGGUCCGGAUUCCUGUCCCGGUCCCGCCGAGGCGGCGACUGCGAUAGGAGGAAGGACGUGUUGGACGCGCUGGCCCACCGCCACUAUACAUUGCAGCCUUAUCUCAACUCAAAAUGAACUAUAUGCCCGGCACCGCCAGCCUCAUCGAGGACAUCGACAAAAAGCACUUGGUCCUGCUUCGAGAUGGAAGGACGCUUAUAGGCUUUUUAAGAAGCAUUGAUCAAUUUGCUAACUUAGUGCUACAUCAGACUGUGGAGCGUAUUCAUGUGGGCAAAAAAUACGGUGAUAUUCCUCGAGGGAUUUUUGUGGUCAGAGGAGAAAAUGUGGUCCUACUAGGAGAAAUAGACUUAGAAAAGGAGAGUGACACACCCCUCCAGCAAGUGUCUAUUGAAGAAAUCCUAGAAGAACAGAGGGUGGAACAGCAGACCAAGCUGGAAGCUGAGAAGUUGAAAGUCCAGGCCCUGAAGGAUCGAGGCCUGUCUAUCCCUCGAGCAGAUACUCUUGAUGAGUAUUAAGUCUUCUGCUCAGAGGCUGUAGCUCUUGGGGAGCAGGGGCUGUCACCAAACCAAGUGACACAUUUGACGAGAGACUGCAGAGCUUUGAAAAGUCAUUUUUAUUUGGAAUUCUUUCACAUAUGCAACAUGAAGAAAUUGUGCGUUUUGUUUCGGUUUUUUUAAUAACAAAAUCAUUUAAAGAAACAGUGGCAUGGACUCCUUUCACACGUCACUGUGGAGCCAGCAACUACUUCUUUAUAUUGCUCUUCUCCCCCCAAAUUAAUGGUUACAGGGAAUAUUCUUCAUUUGCUUGUAAAUAAAAUAUGAAUCUCAAAAUUGCAACGUUAUUAUUUCCCAAGUUUGAGUUGCCUUCAGUGAAUAGUCAUUAAAUUUCUGCUCUCAAAGGUAUAAGCAGUCCAUACACACACAUGCUGGGAUCUCCCUUCUGUCACAAUUCCAACCUACUAGUUACUUAUGAAGGAAUAUUUUCAUACCAGAUAUCCUGUGGGUCCUCCUUUCUCCCCUUGUCAUGGUUUUUUUCUGAUAAGAAAAACAAGUUUUCAGGCUUGAGGAGGGCUCUCUCCGUGAAGUUUUGCACUUACUGAUUAUAAGAGAAGCUGGUGUUUGUUUGAGAAGCAGCUGUUUGCUUCACCAACAGCUAUCCCAGCUGCGUUCCCUUGAGAUCCACAUAACGACUUCUCUAAGUAUUGUUAAUUUCGUUAGGUUUUCUAGUCCUUUGGAUUCAGUCUUGAGCCUCCUAUGCUGUGAUCAAAAAGCACAGAUAAAAUCGUGUUGCAGUGACUGAUAUAUCUAGGUUAUUCUCAGCCAAGCCAAGUGAUGCCCCUUUUCUGGAAUGAUGUUGAUCACACAGGAAGCGUAAGAGGCUGUACUUUCCGAAACCUGGACUCUGUUCUCUCUAGCACCUUGGGCUCAAGCAAGUCACUUUUCCUCCCUGAUUCUCAGUUUUAACUGUAAAACUAUUCCAGAUACUUAUUUUAUAGUCUGUUGAGCAAAGACAUUCUUUGCAGGGAAGAUAUUUAUAGCCAAUUCCUAUGUUUGAGUUAUUUUAUAGUAUUAAACAUACCACAUUUUAUGAGCUCAGGUGUUUUUAAAACUGCGCCAAAUGCAGACUUCUGAGCUAUUCAUCAUUGGGUUGGUUUCAAGGUAGCUAAUUUGUGAAGAACCGUCGCACUUAAUGAUUUAUCUAGUGUGUUUCAUCUCUAACCUUACUGUUGAAUAGCCGGAAUUUGUUAUUAACUUCCCCACAAAGGGGAGACUUGUGGAAGAGGUGGCUAACUUUCACUACAAGAAGAUGUUCUUUGAGAGUCAGCAGAAUUACAGCAUUCUGUAAGCAUUCUGCUUUUUUCUGAGCACCACUGUUUCAGAAUAUCCGGCACCUUCAAGAGAUUCGGAUUCACUGUACUCGUCUUUUCAACCUCCUUCAAACAGAAUUCCAAAUGCAAUCAAAAGAGUCAUGAUUCAAAGGAGAGAAUUUCCACAGUAGUUCAGGAAUUUCCAAGCCAUAGCUGGGCUUCAGUUGUUACGCGUAAUAACAUAUUGCCUUUAGACCUUUGUCACACAGGCAGCAGCAAAGAGAGCUGAAGCAUGGAAUGAGACUCCCUGCUUCCCUCCUGUUCUGUCUCCCUGCUGCUCAGAGCCUGCCCUCAGCUUUGCCCAGUCCAGGCUUUUUGCAGGUACUGAAAUCGUGCUUUUUUCCUGGACCACUGCGGGUACUCCUCUACUGUUAAUCAGGCUUCAGAAUCAAUCUCAGUUCUAUACCUUUGUUUUGUCUUUAAUAGUUUCUUCCAGUAGAGGUUCCCAUGAGACCACUUUCAAGGAAAACAAACAAACAAGGAAGAUCUACUGCAGCCCCUUUCCUGGCGAUCUUUAUUCUGAUAUAACUGGGUACAGCAGCCUCUCUCUCUCCCAGCUGUUCUUUUCCCCUUUCCUUGGCCCUUGACCUUACGUCACAUGUUGUCGGCUGAAUUUAAGCCACAGUAUCUGCUCUCCCACCCUGCUCGGAUAAACUCCCAACAGGCCCUGGAUACUUAGCAGAACCAGAUGCCCUCACGCUGCCAUUGUGCAGGGCUUCUCAGGGAUGCCACAUCAGCAUGAGCCCCAGGGGUAUGACACAGAUGUGAUGGCUGGAGAGUGGCCUCAGUUUUGCUCACAGGAGUAUGGGUGGCAGGUCAGGCAGAGCGAGGUGCAGACGGCAGACCGUGCAGGCCAGCAGGCAGAGCAGAUGCAGCAGGCUCUGGACGAGGCCGGAAUUUCCUGUUCUCUCUGCUUAGGACAUACUUGUCCCAGAUAACUGCAAGAAUCCUUCCCUCACGACCUGUUUUAAAUUGCACACCUCCCCCCUCCCCCCACCUAUAUCCUCGGCAGCUUUGCUUUUCACCAGAGCAAGUAUCGCAAUCCAACAUAAGUUUCACUUCUUUACUGUCUGCUCCACUCCCCUACUAGAAUGUAAACCCUUAAGGACAGAAUUUUUGUCAUGUUCACUCCUGUAGUCCCACAUCUAGGAUGAUACCGGGCAUAUAUCAAGUCUCAGUACAUAUUUUUGGGGUUGAAGGAUGGGUUGAUGGACAGAUGGAUGGAUGGGGAAUGCAGUGAAUUCAGGCUGGUCAGAUAAGAUGCUUCAGAGACCAGUAAUGCCUCAAAGGAUGAGGACGGCAGGACUCACCGAGCAUCCCGGAGUGGAGUGAUUAGCAGAGAUCCUUACACUGAACGUGGAGAUGUUCUCUUACUGCCCUCACUGGAGACCACAGCCCCCCAGGCAUGAAGAGUCUGGAGAUGAUUGGUGCGCCAACGUCUGGAAGAGCAUCCCAGGGAAACGGGGUUGGGGGUGGGGGAGGACUUGUCAGGAUUGCUGGAGGCAACAGAUACUCUUCAGUCUGUGUUCCUCCCAACUGCAGUGUCCCACCUCCACCUUGCAUAUUACCCUUUUGGGGAUAAAGAGCAAGAGACUGCUUCAUGGGUGCCUGCUUUUGCCAGCGAAGCAGGUUUUGUAUCUAGUUAAGUGACCCAAGACCUCCUAGCCUGAAAGAAUUAGGAAACCCACCCUAGAAAAUGGCACGUACCUACCUGUCCCAAAGCUCUGGGGCUGUCCACCCUGGUUCACACUCCCCUAGCUGUCUACUCCUCCAGCUCUGCCAGGGCUCCUUGGGAGCAGAAAAUAAAAUCAAGUCCUCUUUUUUUCUCAUGUCUCACUUCACUGCUUUGCCUCUUCUCAACCUCCUAUUUUGUACCUAUUCUCCUUUAAAAAAAAAAAAAAUUUUUUUUCCCC